AUGAGGUCAUCACCAAAUAUCAUCAUAACGGGUACACCAGGUGUGGGAAAGACCACUCAUUGUGACAGCCUAGCGGAGAGAUUGGGGCUACGGCAUAUCUCUGUGAAUCAAGUUGUGAAAGAUAAAGAUUGCCAUGAGGGCUGGGACGAAACCUAUCAAAGCUGGAUUGUCGAUGAGGAUAAGCUACUGGACGCAAUCGAGGAUGAUGUGAAGCAGGGGGGCUGCUUAAUAGACUGGCAUGCCUGCGAUUUGUUCCCCAAAAGUUGGGUCGAUUUGGUAGUUGUGCUUCGGGUAGAUUCCACUACCCUCUACGAUCGGUUGAAAGCGAGAGGCUAUGCGGAAGUCAAGCUCCAGGAAAACCUAGAUUCGGAGAUCAUGGAGGUACUUCUGCAGGAGGCGAGGGAUGCUUAUGACGAUGAGAUCGUCAUCGAGCUUACUAGUAACACAUCUGAGGAGAUGGAGACGAACGUGGACCGAAUCGAGGCCUGGGUGACGCAGUGGAUGGCUGAUAAUAAUUAG